GUCUUCUCCAAGAUGAUACAGAGUGGGAUGCAUGUUUUCGCGAAGCAAGUGAAAUGCAAACAGGUCAACAACUAUACCAUCUUUUUGCACACCAGAACAGUAAUUUAAGUGAUGUGGUCGAAAAUUAUGCCCUCAAACAAUUGGAACAAGUUCUGUUAUUAAACGGUAAAUCACUAAAAGAUUUUCCAAACAUGCCACUACCUACUGAAUCGAUAGAGAAUAUUGAUAUUUGA